CUAGACAAAAUGGCGCCGGACUCUAUGGGCGCGGCCAGCGGAGAAAACUGCCAGACUGACCUUGGGAACGAGGAUACCCUCCAUGGAAUCAGGACGUUGCUGGCCAGGAUUGGGGGCUCCAUGCUCACCAAAGUUGAAACCAGCACCCUGGUCCGGGAGAUUCACGAAGCAGUGCGGGAAGACCUGGUGGGCCUCCGCACUGACCUCAUGGCCUUGGAAGCCCGGGUGGAUGCAGUUGAAACGGAGGCGAGACUGUGCUGCCAACAGCACAGCGCAGCCAGGACCACAGUGACCAGGCAAGGAAACAUGCUAAUCUCCCUGUGA